UACAUCCUUAUUCAUGACGUAGAGAACCCUCGGCUCAGUGGCCUUUGGCCCGGCCUCAUGGAAGCCUACCACAGACCGGACCCUUCCGUGCGCUGGUCUGUUGACGCAGCCGCAGCUUCAGGUAAUGGCCUGAUUCAGCCGCCAGACUUGGUUGUGAUCGGUGGCCUCCAAACUAUGGACCACUGGGCCGGCAUCAAUGGAUACGGUGAGUUGAUUCGUUGUGGCAGAUUUUGUCAUAUUUACCUUUUUAUGGACACACUGUGUUAUUCUUCUGCAUUCGGUCUAUUCCUGACUUGGUUGGUGGCAGGCUCAAACAUUUACAGAAGUUAUUGCUAUAAAGACAAGGAUGAGGUAGACCUUUGGCUGGAUGCUGCCACGACAUGGAAAGGUUUUUCAGUUUAA